CAGCAUGAGCGUCAUAGUGAUGCUUGAGAAUGUUCCCUUGGGAUUCUCAGUCAGUCGGUCACUUCCUUUCAGCUGGCUGGCUGUCAGGACAGCCUGGCAGCUAAGGGAGGUGGAUUCAACUGAAAAAAUUACUCAAACUGAGAAAAAAAUAAUUUAAAAUGGAGCUUUCCUCAUCGGAAACUUCAUGUGAUUCUGUUCUGGCCAAUGGAGUUGAGUCGUCAGCCUUGACUUCUCUCUGUCCGCCAUGUGACAAAAUUGCAGCUAGUGAUGCUGCCUUUGGACCUCCAACAGAAGAAGGGUCUUUACAGUCUUCAACUAAGCAACCGGGGUCAAAAAGAGAGCAUCUGAAGUCAUCUGAGGAGGGCUGUAGCAAAGGCCAUGCCUCUAUAUGCCUCAGUUUUCUGAAGAAGCUCUGGGACGUUGUUGACAAUGACCUGUUUGAGUCCAUUUGGUGGGGUGACAACGGAAAGUCUAUAGUGAUUCAUGAAGAAUUGUUUGAAGAGGAAGUACUGGCAAGGAAAGGACGUCUGAAAAUUUUUGAAAGUGAGAGCAUGAGAAGCUUCACUCAUGAACUCCAUCUGCACGGAUUCACCCGAAAGCUGUGGGAUUUUCCGAAAUCGGGUUCGCGCAAGGACUUGCUGGCAGAAGAAAGACUUAGGGAGUUUCACUUCUACUACAACCCACAUUUUAGAAGACAUUUUCCCUAUCAGCUAAUGAAAUACAAACAAAGCUUUGGUCUAAAAAAUCAAGUACCAGCAAGAUUUGCGCGGGACAUGGCUUUGUACGCAUGCCUACAGAAAAGAAAAGCAGAUGCUGAGCUUGCGUGGGAAGACAGUUCCGAGGAGAAGAGCGGUCCAUUCCCAGCGGGUCCAAGGCAGAAGAGGCGCACCUUUGCACCCAGGAAGACUGCGCAUGUCAAGGCAGCUGCCCGAGUCAGACGCACCUCUACAUCUGCACGCACCGCCCCUCAGACAAAUUCAGGCCCUGCGGCAGCAGUAGACAGGGAGAAGCUCCAUCCUCUGCCCCCCUCCCUUUUGCCGCAGCACAGCAGCCCCGGCCCGGCUGGCGCCCAGGGUGCUGCUUCUGCUGCCGCUGCCCCAGGUCCGGCCGUGCCCAGCAGCCCCUUCCUACCAGGGCUGGCAGCAGCUGCUGCUGUGUCUGUGCUAAGGCCUCCUCAGGGCCCAUCCCCACCAUACCAACAGCGCCCAACUUGCACAGGCCCAGAGGGCGACCGUGCAGGCAAUGGCCUUGGACCCCAGCCCGGGGCCUGCUAG